AAACACAAGAUAAGAAAUCUCAAGUUGUACUUGACCUACCAGCUCAUAGUUAGGUGUGUACUCAGACGACUAUCUCUACUUUUCUGUUGUUUUCAAAGUCUUUAUCUCGCCCUCUUUUCACCACCCCUACCCACAAUAUUGCCUUCUCCAACGGUUCGGUACCUCUACAUCUCCCGGCAGCUCUCCCCGCAUUGCAACCUGCGUGCUGCCUCCUUCCAAGUUGGGAUCAGAUCAAUUCUGCGUAGCUAUCUCAGACAUUGAUUUCCCCUCUCUGGGUCACUCGAUCUUUAUCUAUCUCAUCUUGUAUCAUCGGGUCCCCUCCGUCCCAUCUCAUACACCUCCCUUUAUACCUACCUGCUUUAUCCCAUCUCCGGUCUCUUCCUCUUUGGUCCUUGAUUUUCGAGUGUCUUCCCUCCUCUAUCACCUUACCACUUCUACCUACCGAGGGUCUUACACACACAUCACCAACAUGGUCGCCAACACGUAUCCGCCAGGUGGUAUGGACACCGGGGGUCUGGACGUCGAAUCCAAAGCCUCAGCCUACCACUCCGAAAAGGCCCCCUCAGCCGCGUCCUCCUCCUCCUCCCCCAACCCGGCCGUCAUCGCCAGCGGCACCAGCGGUGCGGACUUUAACCUGUCACCUGCCGAGGAGAAGCGCAUCAAGCGACACAUUGACCGGCGGCUAGUCAUGACCAUUGGCGCCAUGUACUGCGUGUCGCUGAUGGACCGCACCAACCUGGGCGCGGCCAACAUUGCCGGCAUGGGCAAGGAGCUGAAGCUGAUUGAUAAUCGGUACUCGAUCGUGUCGCUGGUGUUCUUUGUGACGUAUGUCCUGUUUCAGCCGCCGAGUACGGUGAUCUGCCGCAAGAUUGGGCCGAGGAUUCACAUGAGUGCGUUGACGCUUUUGUGGGGGAGCGUCAUGAUUGGAAUGGGGUUUGUCCAGAGUUGGGAGCAGUUGGCGGCUUUGAGGGUGGUGUUGGGUGUUUUGGAGGCUGGUUUCUUCCCCUCCUGCGUCUACCUCCUUUCCACCUGGUACACACGCUACGAAGUCGGCAAGCGCAACUCGGUCUUCUACCUAACCGGCUGCGUCGCGUCCGCCUUCGCCGGCAUUCUCGCCUAUGGCCUGAUGCAGAUGGGCGGCCUCGCCAACCUCACCGGCUGGCGCUGGAUCUUCAUUAUUGAGGGCGUGCUGACCUGUCUGCUGGGAAUAGCCGGCUACUGGCUCCUAGUCGACUUCCCCGACUCCCCUCGCAAGACCUGGUCCUUCCUCUCGGCUCGGGACCGCGAGUGGGUGUGCGCGCGCGUGCAGGCCGACCGCGGCGACGUUGUGCCCCAAAAGUUCGUCAUCAGCAAGUACCUGUCGUCCGGCCGGGACUGGAAGGUGUGGGCGUACGCCAUGAUUUUCUUCAACACCACCACCAUCAGCUACGCCCUCUCCUUCUUCCUGCCCAUGAUCCUCAACACGGGCAUGGGCUUCAACAUUGCGCAGUCGCAGUGCUUGGUCGCGCCUCCAUAUGCUUUCGCUGGCUUCGUCAUGUUUGCUGGCGCCUAUGUCGGCGAUCGCUUCCGCAUCCGCGGCCCCAUUGUGGCGUUCAACGCGCUGCUCGCCGUCAUCGGCGUCCCCAUCAUGGGCUUCGCUGCUAGUGCCAAGGUCCGCUACUUCGGUGUGUUCCUGGUCACUGCCGGUGCCAACUCGAACGUGCCGGCGGCGAUGAGCUACCAGGCCAACAACAUCCGCGGACAGUGGAAGAGGGCGUUCUGCAGCGCUACGUUUGUGUCGUUUGGUGGCAUCGGCGGUAUCGCUGGUAGUUUGGUCUUUAGAGAGCAGGAUAAGCUCACGGGCUACAAGCCGGGUCUGUAUGCGUGCAUUGCGACCAGUCUGUUGACUCUGGUGCUUGUCGCGUGCUUGACUGUCUCUUUCUGGAGGGAGAAUAGGAAGGCGGAGAGGGGUGAGAAGGAAUUGGAGGCUGAGGAUGACGAUGCCCAGCCUGGAUUCCGCUACACCUAUUAACUUCUGUGUUUUCUAUAUUUAUUGUUAGUAAUGAUACGACUUGGAAGAUGAUACCAGUAGGGUUGGCACAGAGAUGAUCAUGGGUAUGGAGUUUGGGUAAUGCGGUGUUAUUUUGCGAUCGGGAUGAGGUAGUCGUGGGUGAGGGUAUUCUGUUAGUAAUCCAGAGAGAUGCACUCGACGCUUCUAAGCGGUUAAUCCCCCUUUAUCAAAGGGGGGCCUGUGAACAAGUACAUAACAUCAAGACUUUUGGGUGUACCUACUACUCCGGGACUCGUCCGUAUGGAUUUAUGAAGAUGAAAAGCCACAUACCUUCAAGACAAUUCAUACCCGUUCACUUUCCCCUACAUCCUUCCUUAAUCACGUCCUGACAC